AGUCACAAUCUGCCCAAGGCGAGGGAGGGCGAGAAAGACGCGCGAGAGGAAAGCGACUGUAGCCUACGAGGGGGGACACGAGCGCUCCGGUCUCACCGAGCACAGUUAAGAGAAGUGUUGUUGAACGUGGGCUAUGCGCGCAACAAGGGGGAGCGCAGUGUACAGAGGAGGUGAAUGCAUGUAGAGGCUCAGCUUCAGAUUCACAGCCUCCUUCUUGAAGAGUCACUGCGCUGACAGAGGAAAGGAGUGAGGGAACACAGAGGAACUCCUAGAAAACAGCAACUCCUGGAGAGAACUGCGUGAGUAGGAACCUACAGUCUUCAAAACAAAAGACAGGACAGCGGGAAACACGGAAGAGUAGACUUUUCCUGGUCAGAAUCUGCUCUGCUAGAGAAAAUGAAUGUCAGCGAUGAGAACCUGCUCAAGUCCAUCAGCAACGACGCGCUCCUCGACCUGACGCAGCGCUACGGCCAGUCAGCCUUCGGAUUCGGCGCUGGCCAUGGUCCUGGAAGUCCCGGUCGGUUCCCACUCACACCGGCCACCGACUUUCUCUCCGGGCAGACCGCGAAGUCAAACGAGAGCGGCGGGGAGCACACUAGCGACGACGAGGACGGCUUCGACUCCCUGGAGUCCCGGAAGAGGGGCUCGUCGUUUGGCGACGACAAGCCCGGGGGGCCUCUCGCCAAGAAGUCCAAGGAGCAGCGGUCCCUGCGGCUCAGCAUCAACGCCCGGGAGAGGAGGAGGAUGCACGACCUGAACGACGCACUGGACGGCCUGCGCGCCGUUAUCCCCUACGCCCACAGCCCCUCGGUGAGAAAACUCUCCAAAAUAGCCACUCUCCUCCUGGCCAAGAACUAUAUCCUCAUGCAGGCUCAGGCUCUGGAGGAGAUGAGGCGGCUGGUGGCGUAUCUGAACCAGGGACAGACCAUAACUUCACCAAUCCCCACCGCCCUGGCUCCCUUUGGACAGGCUGCCGUCUACCCUUUCUCGGGAUCUGCUCUCGCCACCUGUGCCGAAAAGUGCACCACUUACUCCGGGACACCGUCGAGUCUCUUCAAACACUGCAACGACAAGCCUUGAUUUGGUUUAAUUUCUCUUUCUUGAACUUUUACCUAUACUGCACCCAUGUCGGUCUCUCUCCCACUCUAGUUAUUUUUAAAUCAUUCUGUGGAAAAUAAGACGAUUUUAGUCGAAUGCAUAUAAUCUUAAGAUAUGGUUAAGUAAUUAUACAGCAAUGUUUCAUCCAUAUUUAACAACAAACGCUACAUAGAGAACGAUCUGUUUAGGCCUUCUUAUAGGAUGAAGUCAAAAACCCUGUCACUUUCUCUCUCGCUUGUACUUUACAGAGACUACAGGCCAUGUCCAUAUGAUAAGUUUGGGUAAAUUUUUUAGAAAUGUUCUGUCAUCAGCUCUCAUUUGUAAUCUAUGCAACAUUUAAUAACAACAAUAAGAAAAGUAGAAAUGCCAGGAAAUGCGCCCUAAUUUCGACAUUUAGAUUUAAUAGGUACAACAAUUAUGAAAGGACUUCCCUUGACUGACUGUCCUGAUGCUGUGUGGGGAAAAAAAUCUAAUGUGAUUUUGGCUGAUAUAUUUUCUGAAAAGAUGUGUUCACGAGUUUUUUAUUAUUAUUGUUUAUUAUUUUUUUUUAAGUUAUUGCACAUCUCACAUGAUUGUAUUGUACAACUGUGGAAAAAUCACUUGCUCCAAGCCCGGCUAUACUAAUGGUUAUAUACAGCCUGUACACGGAAAAAGCGUUUUGGUUGUGUUGCA